UAACACAUUCAUACACACAAAAAUCAUCAUGCUUUUCAGUCAUGGUGUACUCGCCUGACAUUAGGCCUAUUUAAUAAGCCAACCUAUUUGUGACCCGUUUGCAUUUCAAGGGUGAUGAGAGCCUCUUGUUGGGGAAGUAGUCUCUUUAUAUACACUGUACGAUCAAGUUACGCAAGCAGCUUCGUACAAUGUCUGUUUUAACCAGUGCUCGCCUCCAUAUGAACGAACAAUGACGAAACGCGCCCCACCUCAGACCAAACCCUCUAAAGAAACCAAAAACAAAGGCAAAGGCACAGGCAAAGGCAAGGACCAAAGUAAGGGCCAAAAUAAAGGCAAAGGCCAAGGAAAAGGCAGAAAGGGAGCCGAAAGCAAAAACAAAAGCAGAAGUGAUAGUAAUAUCAAAGUCAAUAUAAAAAACGAAAGCAAGAGCAAGAGCAAGAGCAAGAGCAAGAGCAAGAGCAAGAGCAAGAGCAAGAGCAAAAGCAUGCAUACGACAUCACCACAACCUUUAUGGAAAACUGCAAUCAACAAAACCAAACCUGGUGCCACCUACUUUCUUUCCACCAUCCCUGCGAAAUUUAACCCCAUUGACUACUUCAACUAUCGAGGCGCUACAUCCAUACAACGGAACGCCCUAAGCUUUGAAUGGAGCAAUUGGAUCAAUGAGUUUGCAAGCUCUAAUGUGAAGGUCCUACAAGAAACGGCUGUUUACCUUUUUACCGGAUUCAAGAAGGAGACAUUGACGCAGUUCUGGGAAGACCUCGCUGCUGAGGAGAAAUAUGGACGUCAGCAGCAACAGCUAUUGAGUCAACGGAAAAUAGAUUUGCGAAGACAGAAUAUUCAGCAACUUCGAAUGGAUGGCGAGGCAAUGACACGGGAACUAGAGAUGGAACUGCGAGCAUCAGGACCCUCUUUAUUAUCAAAAAAAUAACUCUAUACAACAUCACCCAUUGAAACCAUCUGAUUCAACUUCAACACGGAAUAGCGUAACCAAUAGCUUACCAGUAUUGUCUCAAGAUG